CCCCUCCUCCCAUGUGAAAAAGUCGUAGCCAUUUUUAUGUAGACUAAGCCAGCUCAACGCUUGUUUCCGCAGAGUAAUUGAUGGAAUCUGCGAACUAACGUCACGGUUCAUUUCUGCAGGGAACCUUCAAGCUAGGAUUUCCUCUGUGGGUAUAUGCCAUGAGUCAUGAAGAACAAACUGCUGAACGGGCAGUUUUGUCCUGGGCUAGGUUUGCCUCAGCGGGACAGACUGCCCUUAUAGAAGCGUUGCGUGUGUUUAACCCUAUAUCGAAGGAUAUGUCUGACACUGAGCAACAAAUGGUGUCUUUUCUGCAGGAACUCCGUGAGGAAGGUCACAAACCCACAGUUUUGAAAAGCAAAGAUGUGUAUGGGUACAGAUCCUGCACAACGGAGCCUCUCACAUCAGAAGCUAUGGCUAGAGCUCAAUGCAAGAUAUCAAAGCCUUCUAAAAAGAGAGGCCGCAAACCUCUAGUAAAAAAGAAAGAAGUAAACUAUGCACUGCUAAGCUCAGCAGCGAAAGUCAUUCUGAAAAACCAACCCAAGAUUUUGCUGACAAACCUUUCAGCUGAUGCUCUUAAGCACACAGUGAACUGCAGAGAACAUCUUCGGAUGGGAAUACCCUCUCAGACUCAAUGUCUAAAGCUGACUAAUAUACAGGGGUUGUCAGGAGGCCCUACUGCAAGACUGCAGAUCCACCUGGACACGUACACGAUGGCUCGAUCUACUAUUUGCCCCCCUAGUUUGUCAGGUAUUCCUUGUCAGCCUUUGAGGACUACAGGCCAACCCACAACAGUUGUAUCUUUGAACAACAGACAUGUGCAAUCCCGACCUGUGAGGACUGACAUGACUCUCAUUGGAGAUUCUGCUCCCUUCAUUGUUCAGAAUGGCAUUCAUUUGAAAGAAAACCAUAAUGGCAGUAAUGACCUAGAUUGGAGGACCAAGAAGUCAGUGAAGAUUAUCGGAUGUCAUGAGUGCGUGCCUGGGUCCCACUCUUUGCUGACAAACAAUUGUGAACUUGGGCAGACUGAUAAUAGUCUCCUCUGGAAAGUUAUCAAAGUGGAUGACUCAUUCACAGAUGAAGAGGUCAGGAGGAAGGCACAACAAAUUUUUCAAGUUAAUUUAUCACCAGUUAUACAGAUUCAACCGCUCAUUGUCCAUCCUGUAUAGAACAGUAACUAUAGUAUCUAUUUUUUUCUUGGCUGUGCUCAUGGCUGUCAUUGUGAAAAUAUUUUAUGGCGAACAUUAUAAAGUGACAUUGCAAAGAACAGGCAUGUACUCUGGUGAGCUUUACUGCUGAUAAGAAUUCAAGGUGGGAUUGAAGAUUUUUUGUGAGGCAGUGUUCAGAACAUCCUUGAUUCCCUCAUUCCCUUGUCAAAAUGGAUGACUGUUAAUAUGAAGUCCAUAAGAUUUGAGAGGGUUUGGUGUGUACUACUGACAAAAAGUGAUACUUUUGUUUCUUUUGUGUCAAAGGGAGUUCCUCUUAGCUGUCUAAUACCUAUCUGUUCUAUGCCACUCAAUUGCCCUGGAGGCCACUCCAUUUUGUAUGAUAUUUGGCUAUUUGUACAUAAUCUUCCUAUUGGUUUGUUGAUUGGAAGCACUUUUAUAUUAAGUUGAUUUUUAGCUCGUCUUCAACUGCCUUACAUUUUUGAUGUGGACAAAUACAUUUUUAAGCCUGUGUUUUCAUCUGCAUUAUAGUUAUAAAAGGGCUCUCUUUUUGUUUGUUUCAGUUGUCACCACCCUCUGUCCCCAACAAAUGUGAUUUUGUUUGUCUAUAAUCAUGUAGAUACAAAGUGUGAAGACUGCCCUCUUACAGCUUACAUCAACAAAUUAAAAUUGAUUUUUUUUAUGCCAACAUCCUCUUAAUUGUUAAUAAUUCAAUUUCUUUAUUGGUUCGUUGGUCUAUGAUGCGAUUGUAGUAGAGGUUAAAUGGCAGCAUUAUUGCUGGAUAAUUUAAUGAUCUGCUUAACUUAUGUACAUACACAGUUUAGAACUAUAGGAGGAGCCUAGGGUUUUCUGCAAGGAAAUGGAAAUCCUUUUUUUGUUUGUUGAAAGUGGCAUGUCUACAAAAAGCAUUUUCACCAAUAAACUAUUUGGAAUUACUAUAAGACAUAUAUUUGGGAACUUUUGGAGACAAAAAAACUAUCAUGCUCAGUUACUUUGGCUUACACGAUCUUGUAUUUGGUCUUGAGUUUUGUGGCUGAAGACGAACACUUGUUAUGAGGUUUUAAUUAGUGCCAGUGUCCACUUGUAGGCAAACUCCAUAGAAUGGUUUAGACCAUUUUUUUUUUUUUUGCCAGCGAUUAACUUUUGUUCGUUUUUGUUAUAUUUUCUGUAGUUAUUUAUUUCUAGGAAGGGCAUGUAUGGACACUUGAAACUGGUGAAACAUUAAAUUAGCUCAAAGCCCUUUAACAGUGUAUUAUUAAAUAGUACAUUUCUGGAAAAAAAAAUUCAGAAUUCUUCCCUAUUGAUCGUUUCCGCUCAUCUCCCAUACAGUCUCAUAGUUGAGUCUGUGAGAGUUUUGAUGAACUUGUCAGUGUUGUACAUUUGUUUUAAGUGUUCAGAGACUAAUUAAAAUUCAUAUGAAAAA